GAUCUUUUCAUUUGCUAUCCACAGAUUUAUGUAAUGGAUCCCCAAGUAAAUUUCAGUGUAACCUUCCGUGGUAAUAACUUCAACUUCCUUGUAUCAUCUCAAACCACAUGGGCUGAUAUGGAAGCCAUGGUAAAAGUGUCAUUUGGACGGAAAGAUAUCCAGAUCAAAUACCUAGAUGAGGAACAGGAUGAGGUAUCCAUCAACUCAGCAGAAGAAUAUCAAGAAGCUGUUAAGAUUGCAAUGAAACAAGGCAAUCGGCUCCAAAUGAACGUCUAUGAAUUACGAGUUCCUUCAGGCAUGUCUUCAGGAUUCGUUUUUGGGAGAUCUGAGGAACCGUUUGUUCCAGUAAUUAAAAAGAAGCUCCCAAUUGCUCAAACUCUGAUAAAAGUCAAAGAUACUAAAGAAAGAAUAGAUACUAAAAGAAAGAAUAAAAGGAUAAAGAGUGAGCUCCUUCUCAGUGAGGUUCCUCCUGAGUGGUUCACAAGCUACUUGGAAAAGUUCCGGGAGCAAGUUGUUCAAGACACUGUUAAAGUACUGGAACAGAAGUUGGAUGACAAACUGCUUCUUACCAACCAACUUCCAAGCUCCAUGAACACCUCAAGACACCAAAUUCCUGCAAGUUCCUUGGUGCAAGGCAGUUCCUAUGACUGGCUGCUCUCCUGUAAUAAUUGUCAAAAUCCCAUAGUGGGGAUUCGCUAUCAAUGCAGUGUUUGUCCAACAUAUAACCUCUGCGAAUUGUGUGAAGCAGGGUUAUAUUUCCAUGACUCUAACCAUGUCUUUCUAAAACUGCGGAGGCCCACCUUGCAUAUUUCAGACACACAUAGUCUUGAGCAGCUGUCAUCUUCUCUAGUCACUUCAGAGAAAGUCAGAUUCCAGAAGCAGAUGGACAAGCAUUUCCUGAAAGCAGAAAAGCAGCGUUUAAGGGGAGAAAAGCAGCAGCGUAAAGCUGAAACACAGGAACUCCAGAAGCAACUUAAAUUGCAUCAAAAGUUUAAACUAUGGGACUCCGUCCGUGCUCUUGACCACACUAGUUUGGCAGUUACAAAAUCUGAGAGCCUACAAUCCAGUACACUUCUUUCUAUGCAGCAGUGCCCUGUUGUCUCCACACUGAGUGCUGCUUUUGUAGACGAGAAUUUACCAGAUGGAACUCACCUCCCACCAAAUAUUAUCUUCAUGAAGCAUUGGCGUAUGAGGAACACAGGCAACAUUACAUGGAGUUCAGAUACCAAGCUAAAGUUCAUGUGGGGAAACAUAACUCUGAUGUCUUCUGGAAAAAAAGAUGUGAUUGUGCCUUCCUUACUUCCUGGGGAGGAAGGGGUUGUCUCAGUGGAGUUUAAAGCCCCAGGCACGGAAGGAACCUAUACCUCCCACUGGAGGUUAUCACAUAAAGAAGAACAAUUUGGACCCCGGAUCUGGUGCAGUAUUGUGGUUGACGCCUCUUCCCCCACAAUUUCCAAUCUGCCUGACCAUGGCAGAUUGAUGCCUAGCUUUUGCCAGAAUAGUAUGUCUCUUUUCAAAAAAGAGGAAAGCGCUUCAGAAUUUAAGGGGGAAGUAAGUUUGGCCAACAGAGUUGCUUCAUCAGUGACGAAAAGAAUCCUCAGUGCUAGAGAGUUUUACAUUCCAUCACUUGAUCUUCUCACAGCCCAGGAUUUGCUCUCCUUUGAAUUGCUGGACAUUAACAUAGUGCAAGAAUUGGAGCAAGUCCCUCGUAAUACUCCUGUUGAUUCCAUACAAGGUCCAAGCCCAUACAAAAUCCAGGACUCUACUUCUCUGCCAAAAACAACUAACUUAGACCAGAAACAAGAAGCGAAUGAGAAGAUCACAUAUAAAUUACUGUCUGAAGCUCAAGUCAGCAAAGGGAAGGCUGAAAAUUCAGGGAACCAAGAAGAAGGAGAGGAAGAUAUGAGUGGAACUCAAUUUGUCUGUGAAACAGUCAUUCGUUCUCUCACCUUAGAUGCUGCACCUGACCAUCAGCCCCCACAAAAAAAGAAGUCUUUUCAGAAUUCUCUGUCCGAUGUUGCCCACUGCAGCCCAGAGAACAAUGAUUCCAUUAACCCUGUGUCUGUAUCAGAGGAAUUAGAAGGCAAAGUACCGACUCCUGAAUUUGGAAACCUCCCAGUGCAAGAUGGUAAAGAAUCAAAAGGAGGAGAAGCUGACAAUAAUACUCAGGGUGAAGUCAAUAGUCAGGCAUCUUCUUUUUCUGAAGAUUGUAUCAUCCUUCCAGAAUGUUUUGAUACUAGUCGUCCUCUGGGCAAGUCAAUGUACAGUUCAGCACUCUCUCAAUCAAAUUUAGAAAAGGUGACCAUGGCUCCAGCAAAUCCUGAAGAAAGCCACACAUCAAUCAGUAGUACCAGUGAUACGUUGAUUACCUCUCAGACCCUCGAUGAAGUGUCACUGACCACCCCUCAGAGUGGGGAACCACGGCUAAUAAGAUAUCGGGCUCUAACAGAUAUCAGUUCCCAAGAAGCAACUUUUCCCAUUAUAGAGGAAGCCCUGUUGGUUCCUAUCCAGAUAAGAGAAGAAUUACAGAGAGAUGAUUCUGAGGUUUCAUCUCCAGAAAACGUAAAUAACCCAUCAAUGUAUCCUGAAUCCUCUAGACAUAGCCCAGGAAAUAGCCUUGCUGGUGGCCUGGUGAAAGGGGCCUUAUCAGUGGCUACCUCAGCUUACAAAGCUUUGUUUGUUGGGCAAGCCUCCAUGGAUCAGGCUCUUUCUGUAACCAAUGAAAAUCAAAUGACUUCAUACCUGACUUACCUACGUGAAAUGGGUUUCUGUGACAGACACCUUAACCUCCAUCUGUUGCAGAAACAUAAAUUUGACAUGAAUCUUGUUGUCACUGAGUUGCUGCAGCUGAAUUGGGGUGAUCGGUAUGAGAACCCAUACUGAA